AUUUUUACCGCUGAUUUUUAAUAUUUGUACUGUCAUAACAAGUUAAAUAUUGGAACUACGUCCCCUCUAGUACUUCCCUCCCGACAGUCCCCGAGGGUGGCUCUGGGAAGGAACAAAUGCCUCAAUCCAAAACUGGGACCUUCAGAGCCUGCCUGCAGCUCACUCUCCAUCUGGAAGCACCCGUAUCCCUGUGCAAGAUGCUUCCAGAGUUGCUUAAGCUUGACAAGGCUCAACGUCAAAGCGCCAGACUUGCCUCUGAGCCUUGUUGGGAUUCACACACUGUGCAUGUUCUCCGUGGCCUGGGGCGCGCUGCCCUUUACAAGACACAGCUGUGACAGACUCUGCUCUCUCCUCCUCUUGCAUGGGUUUGGGGAGUGCGGAGGGGAGCGCAAGUUCUGAACGAGGGAGGUUUAGGUCCCCCUGCCAAGUCUGCUUCAGGACUGUAGCCAAGCCACUGCUGGGCAGUCACCUUGUGUGUUUGGCAACCCCUCUGCAGCAGGUCUUGUAUUGUGAUGAAUUUGACCUCAAGUUGAAGCAUACAAGUCCUAUUUGUGAGGAACUCAGACGAACCUAGCAAGUAUUUGAAUGUAUAUAUGAUCUCUAAGAUACUUGUAAAAAUAAUUAUUCUUUUUAGGUGUCUGUUGUUAGGGAUGGUAUCUUCUGUAUGCUAGAGGCUUGUCAUAGCUGUUGAACGAAACAAAUUUUUAGCUAGAGGUCACUUGCAUUUGGGAAAUUUUGUUUUACUUGUUUGGAAUUCCCUUCUGCUUUGUGUUAAAUACAUUAUUCAAUGUUCUCUGUUGUCAUAUGUUCUGUAGUGUUUAAAGGUUGUUGCCUUCUUUCUGCUGGAGGCUGUUUCAGUGAUGGGUGAAGUGAUGCUUCUAAUAGGUAGUUUUGUAUCAUUUUGUCAGGUACUUUGGGAUUGUUUUAUGAAAGAGUACAUAAGUGUCAUUUAUUAUUAUGAAUGCCUCUCAUGGUUUGGAAUUUAACAGACAUAAUAUUUGCCAUUAUGUCACCAUCGUCACAUUCAUUUUUGUGGUUGUAAUCAAAGAUGGCAAUAAUGGCAUUCAGAUGCUUAAUUAUAUUUUGUGUAGGUGACCAGUUCUAACUUAUUAAAUUAAUGCAUGGUGGAGCAGGAACAAGUGUCACUGCUUCCCUCUGUGGUUAGGGAGCCAUCAGCUUGCUUCUCACACAUAAAAAUCAGUAUAUAGUGAAGCAUAUGGCACCAGUGAGUUCUGUGUUUAUUAAAGGACUAUUUCUCUGAACAUUCUGUGAAUUUUGUUCCUUAUUUCACUUGAUGUAGAUCUAAAAUGUUUUUCCCACCUUUCAAAACUUGAAAUACUGAACAAGCUGAAACGAAGACUUCUUAAGGUUCAUGAAAACAGUGAGACUUCUACUUUCAUCAGACUGGCCACCUGUCUGGUAGGGGGAGAAUAGAAAUCUGUCUAAACUGUGGAAACCUAAGGUUCAAGUCCCUAGUUUGAUUCAGAGCAGUUUUGAACAUUUUUACAUUUUCUGUAUUUCUGGAUAACUGGAUUGCUAGCUAUAUUGGAAAGAGAAGGGAGUGUCCCAUCUCCCUAGUUCUAAGUUACAUCUUCUCAAAACUGGUAGGGUAGGUUUUCUUCUUUAAUGUCAUUUUCUAGUCACAAAUUAGAAAACUUCCUCAGAAUUUUCUAAGGAGUGGCCAUGUCUUUGGUCUGAUAGUAAUAUAUACGUGGAUAAUAAUCCAAGAAAAGCAUUUUAUCCUAGCAACAGCUGGGAUAUUUUUUACAAGUAUUUAACUACUUGGAUAAGAUGGAAGCAAGAAGAAAGGCCACCACCAUCAUCCCUCAUAUGACAGCUUCAAGUAAAUCACAAUUUUUAACUUGGAUGUCAGAGACCUGUAGAAUCACUCUUCUCAGAGACACUCUGAAGCCCUAGUUUUGUUGAGCUAAAGCCACAGGGUUUUUCCUGAACUAAUUUCUGUGCAGGAGGGGGGACCAAAGAAGAAUGGUACUGCUGAACUACUCUCCCUUUUUCUGCUCUUUCAGCAUCUUACCUCAAAGUGUAAAAGGAGAAUUGUUUUAUCCUACAGUUGUCUUUGCCUUGUCCAGUGUCACUGCAGUGAGGAUUAUUCACCCAAUGAAAGGAAUUUGACUCUUUUCCUUGCUGUGAUUUGUGUACCUUCUGGCUGAUGGGUCAUUUUCAAAUGGGUCUGGAAAUGUUCGACUGGUUUUAAUGCUUGAACUCUGGUGGUUUGUAAAGUUUUUUGCAGGACUUUGUUCUUGGUUAUUCACUUCAGACUGGGUAGCAAGGAUUUUUUAAUUGUGUGUGUUGGUUGUUCCUGCUAUUCCACUGCUGUACCCUGUUGGGGGUAAGAACUUAAAAACAACAGGAGUUGUGCAAGCAACAGGUUGUUGACUUUGACCACUGACAAAGCAUGCAGACUCUGUAAAGGCAGUCUCUAAGUUAAAAGAUACUCAUUAAGUUACACACAUCACCUUUACAUUUUCCCUUGACUUACAUUAACUUCUUUUGUGGGCUAGUUUCUUGUUGGAGCAGAAGCGGACCUUGAGAAGGGCGUUUAGGUUCCAUUUCCUUACACAGCCAUAAAGAACAAUAGCAGUAGAAACUCUGAGGCUUUUCUGAGGAUGUUUUUUUUUUCCAGUAGGUCUUCAGAUUGGUUGCAAGUUUUGUGAUGUAGUUGUUUGCAGAAGUGGGACAUUGAAUUUAGUUCUGCGCAUCUAAGCUUGUCACUCACUAGUAAAGAAGGUGGUUUUCUGAAAGUCUCUGCUUAUCUCAGUUGCUGCAAUCUGCAAUAUUGAAUGAAACACUGAACUCAAUCCCCAUGCUCUUUUCCACCUUCACAGGUCUCAGUGGAUCAGUGACUGGUAUGUUCUGUUGCAAAGCUGACGUUGAGGUUCAUUCAUAUGAAUUUGCUAGCUGGUAAUGUCCAGUCUUGAUCAGGAGGUAGUAAUGCACAUCAGUCAUCCAUUGCUUAGAGAUUUGUGUGGUGAGAAGGGUGAUACCUGUUCUUUGGUGUCUUAGACCUGAAUGAUAAUGCUCCACCCAACAUGCUUACUGAAAUGUUUAAGCUCACAUGAAAAUCUCUGUGUGUGACCUUAAGUAGAGACGAAACUAAUGAAAGUCAAUGAGAAUAACAGCAAGAGUAGUGUUUGAUGUAUACUGGUUUCAAAUUUGAAAUUUAGAGGGAAUGAAGACUGGAUAUCCAUUUCUGAAAAGCACAGGCUUUUUCCUACUUCCUCUUGUCCUAGCAGGAAAGAGCAUAUAUGCUUGUAGCCCAGAACCCACGAGAAGCAAAUAUGAUUCCAUUUAGUCUUAAGAAUACAAAUGUAUGUAUCAACAUGCAGGACAUAGCCCAUAUUUGCAUAUAGCAUAAUGUGACUUCAGUUCUGAUUUUUGGCCUAAAAACACUAUGUGUGCAUGUAAAAUAUAAUUAAUGUAAUGUUUGACCCUGGAGGAGAAUUUUUAUCUGACCUUUUAUUGAGAGUAAUUUUGGAAGCUGCCCAAAAUGUAAAAUCCCCUGAAGUUCUUCUAAAGGAGAUGUUAAUGAAAAAACACUUACGGGUAUGCUGGUCUCUCUGAGGAAGAGAAACUUCAAUGUGACUUUGCUCAGAGAAGCCUAGAUUUUGAGACUGUUAUCUGCACAGAAAUAAGGUAAAAUAGAAGUCUGACUGUUCUAGUCACAACAGCUAAACUUUAACCAAAUUGAAAAAUUGCUCGUAGUACAAAGUGGCUUAGAUUCUUCUUCUUGGGGCAAAUCACUACUGGCAUACAUGGUCAUAUGCUGAGCACAUGUGCUUGCUUUGAUCCAAAGGUUUGGCCUCUGUACUGCGAGGUCAGUAUGAGGGGCUGCACUUGUUCUGGUGUGGCAGUUCAAAUGUAAGGAAGCAAUCUGGUUUUUAUAUGUGACCCUCAGACCGGGUGAAGCUGGAAGGUCUGUCUGUCUGCCACUAACUGAGCCACGAAGGGAAUACACAAGCAUCUGGAGGACAGAAGCCUUGGUCUAUGCAGGAGCACCUUGAAUAGUAGGUUGCUCUGUAGAACGCCAGCCUUGUUCAAGGAUGGAAUUAAUGACUGGGUUGGACAGCUUAAUUGAAUUGCAGUGAGCAGCAGUUUCUGACUGAGACAGACUCUUUUAGGAUCUGAUUUUUUUUUAACCUUUUGUUGAAGAAAAAUGCCUUCCUUGAGAGGGAAAGUGCAGACUGUCUUGGGCCCUGUGGAGCCAGAGUGCCUUGGCUAUACACUGACUCAUGAGCACUUGACUAUGAACUACAGCAGCUGUUUUUGUCCACCUUCUCCAGGCCAAGAGCCUUUGUCUGAUGGGCCCAUUGAGAUGAAGAAUUUGUUUUGGAUUAAGCAAAAUCCCUACAGCCAUAAAGAAAACCUUCUUUUGUAUCAGGAAACAGAUGCUGUGAAGGAGGAGCUGUUGCAUUUCAAAGCAGCAGGUGGUGGGACUAUUGUGGAAAACACAACUACAGGAAUUGGUCGGGAUAUGAAUACUUUGAAGAAACUUGCUGAAGAAACUGGAGUUCAUAUUAUUGCUGGUGCUGGGUUUUAUGUAGAUUCCACUCAUUCUUCUCAAACACAGGCCAUGACAGUGGAGCAGCUGACAAACAUUAUUGUUGAUGAGAUGCUCAAAGGAGCGGAUGGGACUAACAUCAAGUGUGGUGUGGUGGGAGAAAUAGGUUGCUCCUGGCCUUUGACUCAGAGUGAACACCGUGUGCUCCAGGCAACAGCACAGGCUCAGUCACAGCUUGGAUGCCCUGUUAUCAUCCAUCCUGGCAGGAGCAGCGACUCCCCUUUCCAGAUUGUCCGCAUUCUGCAGGAAGCUGGGGCUGAUGCUUCAAAGACGGUCAUGUCUCACCUGGACAGGACCAUAUUUGAUACAAAGAAACUUCUGGAAUUUGCUAAACUUGGAUGCUAUUUAGAGUAUGACCUAUUUGGUACAGAAUUUCUUCACUACCAGUUCCAUCCUGAUAUUGACAUGCCGAGCGACAAUGAAAGAAUUGCAAGGAUUCGUACACUGAUUGAUGAAGGCUAUGAAGACAGAAUUCUGAUGGCUCAUGAUGUGCACACCAAGAACAGGUUGAUGAAAUAUGGAGGUCAUGGAUAUUCACAUAUCUUUGAAAAUAUAGUUCCUAAAAUGCUAAUUAGAGGCAUAUCCCAAGAUAAAAUUGAUAAAAUACUCCUAGCAAAUCCAAAGCGGUGGUUGACUUUUAAGUAGGAAUAAUGAAUAAUUAUUCCUAUUCUGUAGAGAAACUUGAUAAAAUUCAAAUUUCUUUCCAGAGAGCAGUCAUUUUAAAAUUUGGUUCUUUUCAGAGAAACUGAAAAUUAUUAAGGAGAUGCAAACAAACUGAUUAUAAAUUUUCUUUGUAAUUAGAACAUCAAAAUUGAGUACUGUCUCUGCAUCUUCUCCCUUCUGGAAAUUUGUUCAUGAGUGAUUUACUGAAUAUGAACCUACCCCAAAAUCUUUUCCAUAGAAAUUUUAAAAUAAUUGUUUCAAGAGCGUAAUCUAAUACUAUUAUUGAAUGUUACCCCAAACUACUUUUGAAGAUGCACCACCUGGACUUUGAAAGAAAUUAUGGUUUUCAGUUAAAUUUCCUGUCUCUGGGGGCUGAUUUUAAUCUUUGUAACACUGACAAUCUUCUCAUUAUCCUUGUAUUCUUUGAGUAAUGCUUGAUGAAAGGUCUGUAACUUUUAAAUACCUUCUGUAGACAACACAAGGCAAAAGAAAUCUCAAAUCUAAAAAGGUAUUUUUUUUUAUAAUUUAACAAUUUACUUAAUUUUAACUGAAAGUGUAAAAAAUACAUGGAAAAAUAUAUUUUUGAAUAAAGCAAUUUGAUGAUCUCUUAAACUAUGUGCAGUAUUAUUACAGAUGUCUUUUUUUAAUCACAUUUUUUUUAUCAUGAACUUUUGGAAUCUCACAGUGAUCAUGUAAAACUUGACACAGACCAGCUUCUUUUUGUAAAGAUGCAACACCAGAAGUCAAAAUAUAUUACAUAAUACAGUUUUAAUGAGUUCUAAUAGUUAUAACAAAGGUUGUGAUAUAAGUCUUUACAAAUCAGUAUAUCAAGAUAUGAUGAAAAAGGAAGAAAUGUUUGCCUUAUAUGUGAUUUUUACAUAAAGCGUGUUCUUUGCUCUUGUCUAACUUUAUCCAGGGCAUGUGAUCUAUUCAAAAAAUGGUGUUAUCCAGUAGCAGUGGGAGCCUGAUUUCAAAAGCUUCUUCAAAUUUGACCAUGUACAUCUUGUAGUAUUGAGCCUUUCCAAUAAACACCUUAGUAAAUACGCA